AUGUCCCCUCCGGCCCCGAAAAUAAUCGCAACAAAUACUCUAAUCAUCGCUAAUGUUAAUCAGACUACGUUUAUACCUGAAAAUCUUGAGAAAUUAAAAAGUCAACUGGAACAGUAUGGUAGUAUUUAUAAGCUCGUUCCAAUAAAGUCAUUUAAUCGUAUUUUUGUUACUUUCUACAAAACUACCGAUGCAAAAAGUGUAAAGGAACAUUUUGAUAAGUCAAUCUUUUUGGAAAAGAUCAUUCGUGUAUAUUUUGGGCAGCAUACAUCAAUAUAUGAAACUGACAACACACGGCAUUUGAAUGUUCCAGAGACCGAAAAAAAUUUACUCAUUUCACCACCAGGAUCACCACCAGUUGGUUGGAUUCAAAGUCGUGAAGACCAUCCAAAUUCUAUCACUCUUGCUGAUGAUCUGAUUGAGCCAGAAAUCAAAGAUUCACAUAAUGAUUCACGAAAUCAUGCGCCUAUAUUAACUGUUAUACCCAGUGAUACCGAUGUAGAUAAUAAUGCCAAAUACGAAAAUAAUCUUGACGUUCCUCUUAUUCUUAUUCAAAACUGGGACGAUUCUCCACCCCCCAGUACAAAAACAAAAAAACCGAGUCUUCAAAUAUAUAAUAAUGGUAAAGCACAACUUCGUCCGAAUAUUUCCCUUCAUCAGAUUACACCUACUCCAAGACCCCCGUUACAAACUUAA